CCUCAAAAUCGUGUCUGUUACUUAAAUUUCGCACAAAAAUGCGAGUAAUUGAGUUAGAUUUCAAGAAUGACAUCGACUACCAAAUGAUCGAAAACUUCUUUCGUGCCGAAUGGGAGUUUAAACACGAAUCCGGCGUCUUCAACUACAAACUUAACGUGCAAAAGGACAAAAUAUUACCUGGUCCGCAUCGUUUCUACGUGCAAUUAAAUCCUGAUCGAAUCGCGAAACGACGAGGUCCUGAAGCAAUAAAAUCCGUGACAGAAUCGUUCAAUCCCGAAAGUUUUAACUUUACGAAAGUUGCUGACGAUGAAAUUCUUUUAAAAAUCGAGACAAAAACCUUUGAACGUGUGACGUUGCUCAUUAACAACAGCCCUUUAACCGAAUUUCACACCUUAAUUUGCCCAAAUUUGGAAAAAUGUCUUCCGCAAAGGCUGAAUUUGAAGGGACUUGAGUUCGCAGCGAGCCUUUUGAUGAAUUUUAAUGACACAAGUUACCGGAUUGGGUAUAAUAGUCCCUUGGCAUUGGCUUCGGUGAACCAUUUUCACAUGCAUUUGUUGUGCAUUCCCUCGAAAACGUUCUAUGUCGAGACUAUGAAAUUAGUGCCUUUGUGUGAAAAACGUGAAUUUUAUCGCACGCCAGAUGCCGAAACAAUUAAAGGAUUUUGCUUCCGCAUCACAAAUUCGGCGGAAAUUACACCGAAAUGCAUCGACGCAUGCAAAUUAGUUGAUUAUCUGUGUGACCACGGCAUCGCGCAUAACGCAUUAAUCACGUAUGAACGCGUGGCGACAGCGGGUGUGCUGCGUUUGUUUGUUUGGCCACGAGAAAAGCCGCGAAUGAAUAAAAAUUUGGCACCGUUUAAUGUGGGUUUUUGCGAACUUGCGGGUUAUGUAACGCUUGGAAAUGAGGAACUUUUUGAGACACAUACGGAAGAAAGUAUCUCGAAAUUUAUUUGUGACGAGCUUGGAAAUGGAAUUACGGAAAAAAUGACGACGGAUUUGUUAGAGAUUUUUAAUAAAAGUUGAAGAUUUUGAAGC